CAGAAAGAACAGUCAAAAUGCAGGCAGGGCACAGGACAAAGCAUAAUCGUUUUAAAAAAAAAAAAAAAAAAGACAUUUUUUAAAACUCUCAAAUUUGCCGGCGGUUCCGGCGCCCGUACGUCCCGACAUCACAGGGACAGGAACACAGAUGCCGGCAUCGGCCGGAGGAGAUGGCCGGGGACGCUGCAGGGGACACAUCGCGGGAGCGAAGGACAAGGUAAGUGCUGCAGGGAAUCCCUGAGCAACGCCGCAUGGUAAGCCCGAGUGUAGCUCGGGGUUACCGCUUGUGGUACUGAAAU